GGAGCUGGCUCCGACGUCCGUUUAAACCCAUCUGUGAUGCAAUGAUACGAUACUAGCUACUUGUGGCAUCACAAUUAAACCAGAGCGGGUUUAACUUCCACAAGGUGUAGAAUCCUCAUCUGAAAGUAUGCUGUGUCGUUUUCUUCUGUUCUGGAUCUUACUGCGUUGUGCAGAUUGCUUUAGCGUCACGGUCCCCUCCAGUCCUGUUCUCGGGGUGCGUGGAGCCACAGCACAUCUUCCCUGUGCAUAUGAACCAGUCUCUGGCCUCUCUGAUUUGGUGAUCACAUGGCAACGGGAGGAAAACGCACAGGUGGUGCACAGCUUCUACUACGGGAGAGACCAGCUCGGUAGACAAAACCUUGAUUAUCAAAACCGGACAAAGUUAAAUCACCAGGACAUUCCUCAAGGAAACGCAUCCCUGAGUAUAGCCAGGUUUGGACUGAAGGAUGCAGGGAAGUAUGUGUGCAUAGUGAGCAACUCCAAGGGAACUGACAGAGGAGUGGUGCAUUUGGUCUACGCAGCUUUCUAUUCCGAGCCGAAGUUAAGCAUCGUUCUCAAUUCCCCCGAUGUGACUGUCCAGUAUGAGAUGGAGGCUUACCCGAGGCCAGAGGUCAUGUGGCAGGGGUCAGGAGGUCAGAACCUCACUGGCGAUGUGGAGGUUACAUCUGAAUCAGACGGAGGAGUGUUCUACUUAAAAAGCAGCUACAAAACCCAGAGUCCAGUGUUAAAUGUCACAUUUACUCUUGAAAACCCUGCUGUGCAUCAGAAGCUACAGAGGCAUGUUAACAUCAGCUAUGAUGGGAACUGGAGCUCCAGAACCCCAGUUGUGGUUCUGUCUACAUUGUGUUUUGUCCUCCUGUGCACGACAGGUCUGCUCUUAUGGUUAUACUGUCAUAACAAGCACAAAUGACCUCAUAUCCAUACAGGAAGGAUUGUUGAAAAGUAACUACUACUGCUCUUCCUAUAGUGCCUCCAACAUAAGUUGUUAUCCUUGUAUUUAAAUGAAUACUGCUGCUCUACUAGACUUUAUGCAAUACAGAUUUGGGAUGGAAACACAAGAAAAAAUGUUGAAGUGAUUUUUUUUUUUGUAGCCAUUACGUUGUUUGUUUCACUUUGCUGUCCUAAAUUCCUCAAAUUCACUAUAGCGACUGUAUCUUUAGUUGUUUAGUGAAACCCCCCCCCCCCCCACACACACACAAAAAGGUCAAUUUCAGGCCAUUUAGAGCAUUCCUAAAAAUAAGAGUGAGAAUGCUAUACUAUAAUGAAAUUAGAAUGGUUUACAUAAAUCAUAUUUUCAUGGCUUCUUUUGAAUGUCAGUUUAUGGAAAACAAUGUAAUUCUAAACCUAAAGUGACAACAUCAAACAAUAGUGUGACCCCGCUAAUCACCCCUAGCUUGAAUUUAAGAAAAGACUCUCGAUCUUUCUUACUCAAGAAAUUAUACACUUCAGCUUUAAAAAUGACAGCUCAAUGAAGAGUGAUAUAUUUUAAAACAUUGACUAUACAAAUGUUUAUGAAAUAUGCAUAUCACAAAGAAUAUUCAAGACAAAACACUCAUUGUACGCCAGCUGGUUUUGAAGAUUUUCACUAUGCACAGACUUGCUCGAAUUUACUUUCAUUGUAGCAUUAAUAUUAACAAGAUAUAUAUUUUUCAUUUUUAGCUUGAGUAUAAACAAUGAGCUUGACCAAGUGUGUUGUAUAUGAUUU